UCAUCCUACGAUCGCCGGGCUUUCUUUAUCUUAAUGGUUUUGACUUGUGUUUCGUAACAAGUACUUUGGACCCUUGGAUGCUAAAUUCUGGCCUCAUUGGAUGUUUUUUUUGGUUAAUUUUUUUCAAAAUUUCUCAUUGGUGAUUUGUAAUCUACUUGUAGAGCAGAAUACGUGCUCUUCGCAAGCCCAGGUUCAAUGGUUUUCCGGCUGGCUCUGUCUGGAGGAGUAAUCGGAUUUUGCCACAUUCCUAGGGCUUGAAAUGUUGGUUGUUUGAGGAGUGAUUUGAUGGGUUGAACUCGAAGAAUAAUGGAUUGCUUCAUCAGCGACGACGAAGAAUGUCGAUUUUACGAUGCUCAAGAGGAUGUUCUGUCCAUUGCUGAUGAUAAAUCCGAUGGCGGCACUGACACACCGAAUGUGAUAUCGAAUUGUUCUGAAUACGAAGUGUGGGUUCGGAGCCCAGAGAGUGUUCAGGAGCGUCGCAGCAAGUUUAUGAAGUGGAUGGGGCUUAGUUCAGAUCGAAGCGCCCUUGAAAAUUUAGCUGACGGGGGCAGAAUUGAAGAUAAUAGCGGAGCUGUGACAAGAAUCUCUGGUUUUGAAGGUGAAUUUUGUUCUAGUCGCUCUUCAUUGUCUUGUUGGUCCACUGAAAAUUUAUCAGAAGAGCGCGGCUUAGUAUGGGACAAGAAAAUGGGUGACGACAGAGACAUGGGUUUGGACCAAUUGGUUGUUUCAGAGGAGCCUGGCGAUUCCACAAAAGCCUCUGGGGAACCUCCCUCCUUCCAACAUUUGAUGGCGAAGGAGUUUGAGGAUACUAAUGUUUUUGGUUGUAAGGUGAAAAGGGCUAGAGGGGGUUGGUUCAGGAGAUUACGCUCAAUAACACGCAUGAUUGAGGGGCAAGUUGAAGGGGAUAAGGGAAGACAAGAAGGCACUUCUCGAGUCUCAGGGUGUAGGAUUCAGAGAGUAAAGGUCCGCCAAUUCAGGAAGCAAAUGAAGGAACUUUCAGCACUUUUCAUGGGGCAAGAUUUUCAAGCUCAUGAAGGUUCAAUUUCAGCCAUGAAAUUUAGUCCUGACGGGCAGUAUCUUGCCAGUGCUGGUGAAGAUGGUAUUGUAAGAUUGUGGAAAGUGGUGGAAGCUGAAAGAUGUAAUGAAAGUGACACUCCAGAACUUCAUCCAUCUUGCAUAUACUUUACAGUGAAUAAUCUCUCUGAAUUGAAACCCUUUCAUGUGGAUAAAGAAAAAAUGACCAAAGGGAGAAGCCUGAGAAAAACAUCAGAUUCUGCUUGCAUUAUUUUGCCUCCGAAGGUCUUUCGAUUGUUGGAGAGACCAUUGCAUGAGUUCCAUGGGCAUGAAGGUGAAGUUUUGGAUCUCUGUUGGUCAAACAAUAAUCAUCUGCUGUCAUCUUCAGUUGACAAAACAGUUCGUCUAUGGAGAGUGGGUUAUGAUCAUUGCUUGAAAGUUUUCCCGCACUAUAACUAUGUGACAUGCAUUCAAUUCAAUCCUUUGGAUGAUAAUUAUUUCAUUAGUGGAUCUAUAGAUGGAAAAGUGCGCAUUUGGGCAAUUUCUGAUUGUCAUGUUGUUGAUUGGACUGAUGUUAGAGAAACUGUGACUGCUGUGUGUUAUCGGCCUGAUGGGCAGGGAGGGAUUAUUGGCUCCAUGACAGGCAAUUGUCGAUUUUACAGUAUAUCAGAGAAUCACUUGCAGUUAGAUUCCCAACUAUGCUUGCUUAAUAAGAAGAAACUUCCUGGCAGAGGGAUAACUGGCUUUCAGUUUCUUCCACACGAUUUUAGUAAAGUUAUGGUUACCUGUGCUGAUUCACAAGUCAGAAUCCUUGAUGGGCCUAAUGUGGUUGGCAAAUACAAAGGUCUCAGUGCAGGGAAUCAUAUGUCUGCAUCUCUUACUUCAGAUGGGAAACAUAUUUUAUCAGCAUCGGAGGACUCUAAUGUAUAUCUCUGGAACGUUAGUCAGGAACAGUCUAGUCCCAGAAAAACCAAGAAGAUAAGGUCUUGUGAGCGGUUCUUUUCAGAUGCUUCCAUUGCAGUGCCUUGGUGUGGUUUGAAAUCUCAACAUCCUGCAAAUGAACAUCAGCUGGAUAUUUUAGACCAGAGAUCGUCUCAAACUGUAUGUCCCAAUCCACCUGCUUCUUUUUCUUUAGGCCAAGAGUUUUUCUCUGAGUCUCCUAGGGGAUCUGCAACUUGGCCUGAGGAAAAGCUUAAUUCUUCAAGCCCCAACCCUGGAAAAUCUGCAAUGCAUAAAUCUGAUUACAAGUUCUUGAAAGCUUCUUGCCAGAGUACCUCCAGUGUUCAUUCAUGGGGUCUGGUGAUCGUGACUGCAGGCUUGGAUGGGCGGAUAAAAUCAUUCCACAAUUAUGGGUUACCUGUUAUUAUUUGAAACCAGUGGCCUUUUCCCUUGUUGGAAAGAGAACCUAGAUUCGUUGCUUUGCUUGGGGCAUAUUGUCCUCGGCAAAUGGCAUGCUGCUACUGUUCUGAGGGCCGAGAGUGAUGUUGAACCGAUAAGCUUGGCCGCACCAGUAACAAAUCAGCUUUUUGAGGGACCCUCUUUGGAUUUCAGGGAAAUAACAUCACCAAUUACCUCAUGACAUGUGGCAGCGGUUCCAUGGUUUUAACGUGAACCUGCUUGAAAUCAAACAGCCAUUGUCCGAACUUAGCUUGUCUCAAUCCAGAUCAAAUUUCCAUUUGUUGGAAAGAAUCUUCUGGCCCCGAAAAAGUGAUGCAAAGUCAUGUGUUAAACCUCUACAGGAGAGACCCAUGUGGGAUACUGUCUAUCUUCUUUCAUAUGGAAGAGCAGAUUCAGGAACUGGUGGCUGAAGUUCAGUUAGAGAGAAAAUGGUGGGGAAGCUAAGGAUUUAUAUAACUGGCUG